GUGGCGGCAGGGGAGGUUUGGCCCCGCGGACCGAGCUCCUGGCUCGGGCAGAUCCCAGCCGUAGGACAGCCAUGAGCCUGGUGGCCUGCGAGUGCCUGCCCAGCCCCUGCCUGGAGCCUGCUCCCUGCUCAAGAGCACAGUCCCAGGCCCGUGUGUACCUGAAGCAGAUUUGCAACCGGGUGGCUGCAGGGGCACCUGACAUGACCAAGCGUGACUACCUGGUGGAUGCGGCCACACAGAUCCGGCUGGCCCUGGAGAGUGACGUUAGUGAGGACUACGAGGCAGCCUUCAACCACUACCAGAAUGGCGUGGAUGUGCUGCUCCGUGGUGUUCACGUUGACCCCAACAAGGAGCGAUGUGAGGCUGUAAAGCUGAAAAUUACCAAGUACCUGCGACGGGCGGAGGAGAUUUUCAACUGCCACUUGCAGUGGACACUGGGCAGUGGAGCCAGCCCUGGCACGGGUUUCAGCAGCCUGAGGCUCCGGCCCAUCCGCACACUGAGCUCUGCCCUGGAGCAGCUGAGGGGCUUCAGGGUGGUUGGAGUCAUCGAGAAGGUGCAACUGGUCCAGGACCCAGCAACUGGAGGGACCUUCGUGGUAAAGAGCCUGCCCAGGUGCCACACGGUGAGCCGGGAGCGGCUGACCAUCAUCCCACACGGAGUUCCGUACAUGACAAAGCUGCUGCGGUACUUUGUGAGCGAAGACUCCAUCUUCCUGCACCUGGAGCAUGUGCAAGGAGGCACUCUCUGGUCCCACCUGCUCUCCCAGGCGUACCCCCAACAUGCCGGGCUCAGGCCUGGCUCCACCCAAGAGAGGAUAAAGGCUCAACUCAACUCCCACCUCAGCCUCCUGACCCCAGCGCAGCUCCCCUGGGGCCACACCACCAGGCGGGACAGAAUCUUCCUGGAGCAUCAGCGGACUUCUCAGAGCGUUCCCCCAGCUAGGGAGGCCUCAUCCAUCAGACCCCAGAGAGAGGCUGAAGGUGAAUCCACAGCCAGGACCAGUACUUCCUGCUCCUCAGACCUUCCAAAGCCCCCAAGGGACCACCUGCACCUUCAACCCAGGCGGGCUGGCCAGAGCAUGGACCCCAACCCCCCUUGGGGGCUCCCUUGGGUUCGUGAGGGGGCCAGCCGGGUGCUGGGGGGCUGUGGCCAAGGCAAAGGUCAGAGCCGCCCAUGGGUGGGUGGUGCUAGCCAGGGGAGCGGCAGGGCCGCCUGGAGCGUGAGGGAGGAACAGGUGAAGCAGUGGGCAGCUGAGAUGCUGGUGGCACUGGAGGCGCUGCAUGAGCAGGGGGUGCUGUGCCGGGACCUCAACCCCCGGAACCUGCUCCUGGACCAUGCAGGUCACAUCCGGCUCACGUAUUUUGGCCAGUGGUCAGAAGUGGAGCCCCAGUGCUGCAGGGAGGCUGUGGAGAACCUAUAUAGUGCCCCAGAGGUGGGUGGGAUUUCUGAGCUGACAGAAGCCUGUGACUGGUGGAGCUUUGGGUCUCUACUCUAUGAAUUGCUGACGGGAAUGGCACUAUCCCAGAGCCACCCGUCAGGAAUCCAGGCCCACACCCAGCUCCACCUGCCUGAGUGGCUCAGCCACCCAGCAGCCUCCCUACUGACAGAGCUGCUGCUGUUUGAUCCUACGCGGCGCCUGGGCGCUGGAGGCAGUGGUAUCAGCAGACUCAAGUCCCACCCGUUUUUCAGUUCUAUCCAGUGGAGCAAAAUGACAGGGUAAGAAGGGUGGGUGGGCGAUGGCAGCAGCUGGCCUGGUUUGGAUCUCCUCUUCUGCCUGUCACCUGGGGCUGGCUCCUCUGAUCAAUGGGCUCCAGGCAAAGAAUGUAGGGCAGCUGCUUUUCCUGCUCAGCUCCCACCUUCAGCCUCAGCUCCUGGAGAAGCUGAGGAGGGGCAGUGAGGCCCACCCUCUAAGCAGCUUGAACGCUCUCACCUGUCAACAGAUACAUGUUGAGCACAUACCUUCUACCUUUAAUGUGGACCUACUGCGUGAAAGGGUGACUUCUGUUGCAUUAGCUCUGAACUACUAACCACCUGCUGAGCCUACCGUGAGGUUCUGUGACUCUCACUCACUGCCAUGUUGUGCUCCACUUGGGACAUCUCUGGAGACUCACCUCAGGAUACUGAUCCACUGACUCAGUGAACCAAACCAGGGCUUUCCUGGCUGGUCAUCUUAGUCAUGCACACUAGAGGGUCUCUACCACCAGCACUGUUCCUGCAGGGGGUGGGGAAGCAGGGAAGCAGCCUGUAGUGUGGAGUGAGGUGGAAACAGGAUGAUCCACUCUCACUCCUGACCAUGCCCCCUCUCUCAUGAUUUCAGACUUUAUAGAGCAAAAGGAAGGGAGGGGAGGAAAAUAAAAAAAGAUAAAGAGGGAUGGGGGAAGGA